AUGUACUCCAAGAUUGCCGUUGUUGCCGCUCUCCUGGCCUUUGCCGAGGCCCGCUUCGGUCAGGAGGGCGCCGUCCAAUCCAUCAUCUCUGCCCUCGGUAACUUUGGCAACGCUGGCCAGGCCGCCACCCUAGCUGGUGCCAGCCCUGGUGUCUUGCUCGCUGGCGCCAAUGCUUGCGCCAAGCUCGAGCUCGCCGAUCAAAUCGUCUCGACGCUCGGCAACGACCCCCAGGUCAUUGCUGCCGCUGCCGCUCUGGUCGCGGCCGAGCAGAACUUCAACCCUUUCGCCGUCUCCAUCCCCAAGCUGUGCUCGGAUGCCAACCUCCCUGCAACUGCCGAGCUCCGCGGCAUUGUUCCCCUUGUCGACCCUGCCGUUGGUGGCGCGGACGUUGAGAACGCCAACUCGGCUGCCUCUGUCGCCAAUCCCUUCAACGCGGACGGCCUGAGUGUUGCCGAGGUCGCUGCCGCCAACGGCUUCACCAACUUCACCACUCAAGGUUCUGACGGCUCAACCGGUGCUGCCCCUGCCGGUGGGAACGCUGCUGGCGGGAACGCCGGAAACAACGGCGGCAACAAUAACAACAACGCUGGUAACGGAAACGCUGGAGGCAACAACGCUGGUAACACGGCUACGGUCAGCUGCGGCGCCAUCCGGACCCUGACCACCACCGUCGUCGCCGCCCCGACCGCAACCGAGGCGGCCGACAACGGCAAUAACAACAAUAACAACAACAACAACAACAACAAUGCCGGCGGCAACGACAACAACAACAACAACAACAACAACAACGCCGGCAACAACAACAACAACAACAACAACAACAACAACAACAACAACAACAACAACAACAACUCCUCGCAACAAUCCUCCAUCGCGGGCCUCGACUUUGGCAGCUGCGUGCCAACCAUGAAGUUCGUCGGCGGCCUCGGCGGGCGCCCGGCCACCGAGUUCACCUUCCAGGCCAUCGACCCGCAGAUCGCCGCCAACCAACAGGAGGCGCUCAACCCAAACAUCAUCACCAACCGCAUCUGCGACGAGCUGACCAACAUCUGCGACGCCAACCAGGCCGCCAAGGACGCCUGCGAGGACGCCCAGGCACAGAUCCAGGCGCUGGGCACCCGGAAUGCCCAGACCGCUGAGACGUGGAAUGAGUUGUUGGGUUUCGCGGGCGUUGAUGUUUCGCAGAAGUAA